AUGCCACAUGUCAAUAAAAAAGUAAAAACAGCAGCAGAAAAGGAGCUUGAUAAUUUCUUGUUUGCUGAUGUUGAUGCCAACAUUUGGGAUAAAACUGGUCGCGAAUUGAAUCCCGAGUCAAAAUCUGAAGCUACCGACACUGAUGAAGAAGCAGAAGAAGAGAAGACAAAAGAUACUUUUUUCUUGGAUUCCGGCCCAGUAUCAUUUACUCUAGAUGCACCAGUAUACGGUAGUGAGGAUUCAGACGAGGAAAUUGACUACGAGGCAGAACAAGAGACAGAGCAGCAACAAGUCGAAAGUAGCGAUGAAGAAAGCAGCAGUAGUGAAGACGAAAGUAGCGAUGAAUAUAAAGAUAGCUAUGCUGCCUGGGAAGACGAAGACGAUAAGAAUAUUAAAAUUUCACUGACUUCGGCAAAUAUAACCAAAAAAUUGCGAAACACAGUAGACGAAGAUGUAGUAGAUGGUGUUGAAUAUACCAGAAGAUUGCGCAGACAAUUCAAUAAAAUCUACCCUAAACCUGAAUGGGCUCGACUUCCAUCCGAAAUAAAAGCAGAAAAGAGGAAACGCACAUCAUCAGAUAGCUCAGAUGAAGAUGAAGAAGAUGGCGUUACAAUGGAUCAAGAUCAGUUGGACGAAGAGACGAGAUUAGAUUUGCUUAAGAGCACGAUGGGCAUAUUAGAUAAGCGGGCGCAUAAAAAGAGUAUUCCACCUAAUAAAAUUGACAUAAUGCGUGUAAAAAAUGCGAAUCGUGCAGUACCGAAACCGAAGAGGGUUAUCACAUCAGUUGCAUUUCAUCCCAAUGCUCAAGUCAUGUUAACAGCAUCUCUCGAUAAAACACUCACACUUUUCCAAAUUGACGGCAAAAUCAACCCAAAAAUCCAAUCUGUCAGAUUUAACGAUUUACCUAUUUUUCACGCUGAAUUUCACCCUUCUGGAGAUCAAAUCGUUGUGAGUGGUAGACGAUCUUAUUUCUAUAUUUAUGACAUUCAGUCAGGCGUUAUCGACAAAUGCCCUGGCAUUUGGGGUAAAGAAGAAAAAUCCCUAGAAAAUUUUUCUAUCAGCCCUUGUGGAAGAUACAUUGCAUUUUUGGGCACAAGCGGUACCAUCAUCAUUGUCAGUUAUGUGACAAAGAAAUGGUAUUGUGAUUUGAAAAUGAACGGUACAGUCAGCUCGGUGAGCUGGUCUUCUGAUGGAACCUUUGUCUUUGGAUUUGGAAGUACAGGAGAAGUUUAUCAAUUUGAUGUCCAGAAUAAGGAAUGCGUUAAGCGUUGGCAGGAUGAAGGUUGUAUUGGUGCUUCCAUUAUCAGUGUCAGUCCCAACGAAAAAUACUAUGCUACUGGCUCCUCCACUGGUAUAGUGAAUUUGUAUGAUCGCUCUGUUUUAGAUCCAGAAUUGAACAAACCCAAGCCUAUCAAAGCGAUAGGCAAUCUUACGACCAGAAUCAACAAUAUCAAAUUCAAUCAUGAUUCACAAUUAAUGGUUAUUACAAGUCAACAAAAGAAAGAUCAACUUAGGAUAAUUCAUGUCCCUACAGGAACAGCUUAUGCUAAUUGGCCCACAGAUAGAACACCUCUUCAUAACGUUGUUCAAGUAGCGUUUUCACCAAACAGUGAUUAUCUAGCAAUUGCGAAUGCAAGAGGUAAAGUUUUACUAUAUGCUUUGAAGCAUUAUGCUUUAGCGUAA